CUGCACUGCGUGAAAUUAAGUUAUUGCAUGAACUAACUCACGAAAAUGUGAUUGGGCUUCUUGAUGUAUUUGGUCACAAAUCAAAUGUUUCUCUAGUAUUUGAUUUUAUGGAUACAGAUUUAGAGACCAUAAUUAAAGAUAAUAACAUCAUAUUAUCACAUCAGAAUAUAAAAGCAUAUAUGAUUAUGACGUUACGUGGCUUAGAAUAUUUACACAUGAAUUGGAUUUUGCAUCGUGAUUUGAAACCAAAUAAUUUAUUAGUGAACGCGGAUGGUGUACUAAAGAUUGGUGAUUUUGGCUUAGCAAAGUUUUUUGGUUCGCCAAAUCGAAUUUACACACAUCAAGUAGUCACACGUUGGUACCGUGCGCCAGAAUUACUGUUUGGUUCACGUCAAUACGGUACUGGAGUAGAUAUUUGGGCAGUUGGUUGUAUUUUAGCUGAACUACUAUUAAGAGUGCCCUUUUUGCCUGGCGAUUCGGAUUUAGAUCAAUUAACAAGGAUUUUCCAAGCUUUGGGUACACCAUCUGAAGAAGACUGGCCAGGUAUAACUAAAUUACCGGAUUUUAUGCAAUUUAAAGUAUGUCCGUCCAUUCCAUUUCAACACAUCUUUACUGCUGCAGCAGAUGAUUUAAUAGCAUUAGCAGAAAAGUUACUUGCUCUAAAUCCAUUGAAUCGGUGUACGUGCACAGAAGCAUUAAAAAUGAGCUAUUUUCAUAACAAACCGGCGCCAACUCCGGGAGAUAAGCUACCCUUACCAACAACUAAGCAGAUAGCUGAUGAGAAGCCUUCAUUAAAGCGUAAACUGAUAGAUGCUAUGGAUGGAGCGAGUAUACCUUCAAAGAAAUUAAUUUUCUAGUUUUAUAAGUUUGUUAUUUGUUUAUGCUUGUCAAAUAU